AUGCUGUCUGUGGAUGAUGUCCUGGAGCAGGUUGGGGAGUUUGGCUGGUUCCAGAAGCAGGCCUUCCUGUUAUUGUGCCUGAUCUCAGUUUCCUUAGCUCCGGUCUAUGUGGGUAUCAUCUUCCUGGCCUUCACUCCUGACCAUUAUUGCCGGAGUCCUGGGGUGGCAGAGCUGAGCCAGCGAUGUGGCUGGAGCCUGGCAGAGGAGCUGAACUACACCGUGCCGGGCUUGGGGUCUUCGGGUGAGGCCUCCUUCCUCAGCCAGUGCAUGCAAUAUGAGGUGGACUGGAACCAGAGCAACCUUGACUGUGUGGACCCCCUGUCCAGCCUGGUUGCCAAUAGGAGCCACUUGCCACUGAGCCCCUGCCAGCACGGCUGGGAGUACGACACUCCUGGCUCCUCCAUCGUCACCGAGUUUAACCUGGUAUGUGGAGAUGCCUGGAAGGUAGACCUUUUUCAGUCCUGUGUGAACCUGGGCUUCUUCCUCGGCUCCCUGGUUGUGGGUUACAUUGCAGACAGGUUUGGUCGUAAGCUGUGCCUCCUGGCGACUACUCUGGUCACUUCCCUGUCGGGCGUGCUGACAGCUGUGGCCCCAGACUACAUAUCCAUGCUGCUCUUUCGCCUGCUUCAGGGCAUGGUCAGCAAGGGCAGCUGGGUGUCUGGCUACACCUUGAUCACAGAGUUUGUCGGCUCUGGCUACAGAAGAACAACGGCAAUCCUGUACCAGACGGCCUUCACAGUGGGGCUAGUGGGGCUUCCCGGGAUAGCCUAUGCCAUUCCACACUGGCGCUGGCUCCAGCUGGCGGUCUCCCUGCCCACCUUCUUCUUCUUGCUGUAUUACUGGUGUGUGCCAGAGUCCCCUCGAUGGCUGCUAUCCCAGAAGAGAACCACACAAGCCAUAAGGGUUAUGGAGCAAAUUGCUCAGAAGAACGGGAAGGUGCCCCCCGCUGACCUGAAGAUGCUCUGCGUUAAGGAGGAUGCCUCAGAAAAGCAGAGUCCUUCCUUUGCAGACCUGUUUCGCACUCCCAGCAUGAGGAAGCACACCUUCAUCCUGAUGUAUUUGUGGUUCUCUUGUGCUGUGGUGUACCAGGGCCUCAUCUUGCAUGUGGGGGCCUCGGGUGGGAACCUCUACCUAGACUUCUUGUACUCUUCUCUGGUGGAAUUCCCUGCGGCCUUCAUCAUCCUUGUCACCAUUGACCGCGUUGGCCGCAUCUACCCGAUGGCCAUCUCAAAUCUGGUGGCAGGGGCAGCCUGCCUCAUCAUGAUCUUUAUCCCACAUGAGCUGCAUUGGUUGAAUGUCACUCUCUCUUGUCUGGGCCGAAUGGGAGCUACCAUUGUGUUGCAGAUGAUCUGCCUGGUGAAUGCUGAGCUGUACCCUACAUUCAUCAGGAAUCUUGGGAUGAUGGUGUGCUCUGCCCUGUGUGAUCUGGGUGGGAUCUUCACCCCCUUCAUGGUGUUCAGACUGAUGGAAAUUUGGCAAGCCUUGCCCCUCAUUUUGUUUGGGGUUUUGGGCCUGACUGCUGGGGCCAUGACAUUUCUUCUUCCAGAGACCAAGGGUGUGGCUUUGCCUGAGACUAUUGAAGAUGCAGAGAACCUAAGGAGGAGGAGGAAAUCAAAGGCCAAAGAAAACACAAUUUAUCUUCAGGUUCAAACAGGCAAAUCACCAGAUAUGUAACAGGGACCCUGUGCCAGGAGCUGAGUAGCAGAGAGAAGGGGACUCACCACUUGGAGAAUUCCCAGAAGCCUUUGCAUUCCCAUACUCUUCUAUGUUGCCCAUUCCCAAUGAAUAUUAACCCUAAAGAGUUUUCUGAAAGUGCAUUGUCUUGUUUCUUUUGACUUCUG